AUGCGCUCAUCCAUUAUUUUUUUUAUUGCUCUUGCCACCUUAAUGAUGACUUUGGUUCAUGCUCACACUGAGCGAUCUGGUACUCCUCAACAAUCUGGCUUACGAAUCAAAAAGAGAGGAUCCCCUUAUGGCCGAGGUGGCCCUUCCAGACAGUCAGGACAACGUGCCCAAGGACCAUCUAGAGAAGUAAGACCACAGGGCAAGCCAGCUGCCGGUGGUGGUGGUGGUGGUCCCCUUGCUAUCCUUGGUGGUGGUGGUCUUCCUAUUGUUGGGAAUAAACAGCAUGUUUACAUGGAUGAGAGCUUAGAUAAUUAA